GGCCCGAGUCGCAAACCGCGUGGCACGACUGGCACGCGCGAUCGCCGUGGUACCUCGUGGGUUCGUGCCGGGGUCUCGCUUGUGUCGCGGAUAAAUAAGGAGGAUUUAUGCGGCCGCGAAGAUGACGAGCGACACGGAAGAAGAUGAGAAUCUACGCGGUAUCGACGUGGAAGUCUCCGAACACCACUCGAAGCUCGUCAAGGCUGUCGCGCAGCACGACAAAACACAGAGGGUGAAGAAGGCGGAACGUAGCGAGCCCAGUCUCGAGGUAUCGGAAUACCAUCUCGCGAAAAGCGGCGCGACGGACGAGGACGCGGUACGCGUGCGAGAUCUGAUCGAGUCGUUGGAACGAACGGGAGAUCAGAGCAAUACUGUUAAGAGGCUUCGAUACAUCCAGCAGAAGAACAAGGUUCUUUCGAAGCCGUUGGAGAAACCGGCGGCUGAAAGGAUAAAAAGGACGAUCGGUUAUGACAAGGUUAAAGACGAGUUGAAAAGGUGGGAGAGUGUAGUAGCCAAGAACAGGACAGCGGAGCAACUGUCCUUCCCUCUGAAGCGUCUAACAGCGGUAAAGGAUACUCGAGCUUCAAAUAUUCCUGAAUUUCUCAGAGGCUUCAAUACAAAGUCCGAUUUGAUGAAGAAGAUUGACCAAGUGGAUCCAACACCGCUGCUCCCCGCUGAUAAGGAAGGGGAAAAGGAUAAUUUGUACAAGAUGACGUUAGAAGAGGUGAUCAUGAGGAGAAAAGAAGCUGCCCGGCUCAGAGCCCAACAGUCGUACAAAGAAGCGAAGGCACAUCGCCAGAGCAAGAUAAAGAGCAAGAAGUUCCAUCGGAUCCAGCGGAAGAGUAAGAUCAAACAGCAGUUGAAGGAUUUCGAACAGUUGAAAGACAGUAAUCCGCAGGAAGCCCUGGCAAAGUUGGAACAAUUGGACAGGACCCGCGCUGAAGAGAGAAUGUCGUUGAGGCAUAAAAACACGGGUCAGUGGGCUAAGAAUAAGCAGAUCAGAGCCAAAUAUGACAAGGAAACGCGACAAGUUCUUGCUGAACAAUUGGCUAUUAGUAAAGAGUUGACACAAAAAGUCAGGCGAACGGACAGUGAUGAAGAAGAUGAAGAGGAUGAGGAAGAUGAAAAUAUGCAAGGCAGAGAGGAUAUGGAAGACGACACACUGUCAAACAACAAGGAAGGCAACGUAAAGACUGAAUCUGAAAUUGAUGAUUUUAUUAAGCUCUGUCGGAAUUACUACGAUAAGAAGCAACAGACGGGAAAAGAGGAAGUCGGGAGAGAUGAAGUUUCAGACGAGAUCGUACCAGAAAAGGAAAACGAGACGUUGCGUCACGACGAAAAGAAUAGUGCCUUGCAAGCGAAUAGAAGUGAUACGGAGAAUAGCGUGUUACGCAGCGAUAAGAAAGGCGGUAAUUUGCAAGCAAGUGCAAGUGAUACUGAAAGCUUGUCCUGCAGCAACAAGAAGAACAGUAGUUCAUUAACAGAUACGAAUAAUGUAAAAAGUAAAACUCGUAAAAGGAAUAAGAAGAAAAAGAGUUCCCCGUCCGACCCAGUAGAUGCCGCAGGCGAACAUAAUAAUAAAAGAUUAAAAUCGCAAGACAUAAGUGUUGAAGUGGAAUCGUCUGAUUCCAAGGGAUCGAAAAAGAAAAAGUCAAAGCAGAAUGUAAAGGGGCAAAACGUAAAGAAGAAGCGCAAGACCAACAAUUUGGAGAGGCAUGAAGAGGAGGAUGAAGAUUAUUUACCAAACCUCGAGUUCGAAAACCCUAAACGGAAACCUAUUUUGGAUUCUCCCUUAGAGGAGACAACUUCCAGGGAGAAUGCGCAGAAAGGUAGUGAUCUGGCGAGCUCGAGGGCGAUAACGAAUGGUACGAUACAAGAACCGGCUAGCAUUGGCCACGAAGCGGAGAUAGAUCCGAGAAAAUAUGUCAACAUAAAGCCCAAAUACCUAAAGACGCAGCUGCCGGAUGUGACUACGGGCGGGGACGAAGACAGCGAGCAGGAAGAAGAGAGUCACAGAAUAAUGAGCGAGGCAUUCGCGGACGACGAUGUUGUCGAGGAGUUCAGGAAGGAGGAGGAAGAGGAGAUGAAACAGUCGCAGCCGCAAGAAAUUGACCAGAGUCUACCAGGCUGGGGAAGUUGGGGAGGGUCGAACAUCAAGAAGAACAAGCGGACUCGUAAGAAGAGCCGAUUUAUACUGACUGUCCCGAAGGUAGCGCCGCGUAAGCCCGAAAACCAGGGAAAGGUCAUCGUGUUCGAGCACGAUAACGAAAAAUUGAGGAAACACCUCGUCAAGGAGCUACCCUAUCCGUUUACCAGAGUCAAGGACUUUGAAGCGAGCAUCAGAGCUCCGAUCAGCAGGACUUUUGUCCCGAUGAACGCUCAUUUGCGGCUCGUUCAACCGGCAGUGACGACCAAGCUUGGACAGGUGAUCGAGCCAAUGGAUGAGAACGAGUUGGUGAAGAAGCAGCCGAUGUUGAAGAAACCGCUAAAACGUGUCGCUGCAAAGGCUAAUAAGAAGAAAAAUACUUUUAAGAACAAUAACAAGAAGAAACGUAAACGUAAUGUACCAAAUGUAUGAUAAAAUCAAUUUCAUUGUUCUACAGUCGCGAGAUACAAGAUUAUUUGGAGAUUACUGGUUAAUAAAGUAACUGUUAAUUCGUUACUUAUUCUCUGUAUUGCUGAAAAUAUACCAAGAAAAUUAUGAGUAGCUA